CGCCAUCACCAUCCGUAGGAGAGAGAGAGAGACAGAUGAGUCUGAUGAAGAAACAGGGAGAGAGGUAGGCGAAGAUUUUAGGGAGAGAAGCUCGCCUAAGAAGACGAACCAGACCUUCCGUUCCGUGCAAACCCUAGAAUAUGUUAGUUUCUCGAAUCUGAAUGGGAACCUUAACCCUUGUGGAAUUGACUUUUUACCCUCGGCUUCAGUUGAUCUUGGAUCCGCCGGGACGUGCCUUUCUUCUCCGGUGGCUGACCUAUUUAUCUGGCGAUCAAUAUACGGACGAAGAAGAGAUUGCUUUCGUGGAGAAUGUUAGGUUGUUGUGGCGUGUUGAUCAUCAAAGCACAACAGAAAUCGUGAGACAGUGAUCUUGAACAUUUGUAGGUCGACAGAGAGAUGGGUGGUCCAGGGUCAGGUCCGGCAGAUUGUACGGUGGGUUCGAUCGUAUGGGUGCGGAGGAGGAACGGCUCAUGGUGGCCGGGAAAGAUAGUGGGCCCAGAAGAGCUUGACGCUACCCAUCUGAUGUCGCCGCGAUCCGGGACGCCGGUGAAGCUUCUUGGGAGGGAGGAUGCAAGUGUGGACUGGUACAAUUUAGAGAAGUCCAAGCGUGUCAAAGCAUUUCGGUGUGGUGAUUUUGAUGAGUGCAUUGAAAGGGUGGAAUCUGCACAAGGCAUACCGAUGAGAAAAAGAGAGAAAUAUGCACGACGAGAAGAUGCUAUUCUCCAUGCCCUUGAACUGGAGAAGGAAAUUAUGAAAAAGGAAGGAAAAUUAGUUCCUGAAAAGAUUAUAAAUAAGUCUCCUGAUGCAACCAAAGAGAGGUUAAUGAUCUUUGGGAAUCAAGGAAUGUGUAACGGAAAACAAGAAUCAACUGGAUGUUUAAGACCGAACCAUGUUGGUGAUGGUCUUUAUUUUCAAAAGGCAAAAGAGGAAGAUCCGCCAGGUUGUGAGGAUGAUCAUAUUGAAGCUGCACCUCGGCUGAGAGGCUUGCAGGGCUUUGGGCUUAGAACUGCCUUGUCAAAGCGAAAACUACCAUAUUCUAAUGGCCCUGAUACUUCUUCAAAGCAUUUGGCCAGCAGUAACUCUCCAGCUUCUUCUCGUGGAGACCAAAGCAUUGAGAGGUCCAAUUAUGCCCUUGGGAAGGAGCACAUCAGGAGUACAUUUCAGAGCAAAAGCCGUAGAUAUAUGUUUGUGCCAGCUAAGUCUAAUGAUGCUUUAGACUUGCAUGAGAGUUUGCUAAGCCAGAAUGAGAUGGUGCGUUCCUCAUUUACUGGUGAUGAUUCUCAUCAUUCUCUUUCAGAAGAGGAUCCCCCCGAAUUUUUAGAAGACGUCAGAUCUGAUUCUUCUGAAUCUGAUACUGAUUCUUCUGAUACAGAGGAGGAUACAGAUGACGAUAUAGCUAUGUUCUCAGGUGCUGGGUGUCAUUCAGGACGCAGCCAAAAUGCUUUUAGUAGACAUAUGUCAACUGAAGUUGAAAGCACAAGCAGUGAGGAUCAUGAUGAGUCAUCCUUUUCUGGUGACUCUUCUUACCUUUAUUCUCACAAACCUGAUUUUGGCAACGAAUCUGUUUCCAAAUGGCAGCUCAAGGGAAAAAGAAAUGUCUGUAAUCUUCCAAGAAGGCCUACGGGCAAGACCGAUCAUUUUGAACAUGGAAGAUAUCGUGAACUUAAGAAAAGGGCUCUAUGCCAAAAGUCACUUGGGUAUGGUUUUGAUUUUAAUAGGGCAAAUGAUACAAGUGAUGGAACUGAUGACACCAAUCCCAACGAGAGGGAGUUUGGGGUCAAAAUGUUUGGUCUAUCUGACAAGGGUUAUCUGCCUUCAAAGAGGACUGAAUCUAGAUGCUGGAACAUUUUCAGCAACGACAUGCUUGACUGGGAUGAUGAUCCUUGGGAAGGCCAGAUUUGCACGAAAAGGAACUGGGGAGGAAAAUUUGAGGGUUUUGGUCUGGAGAUUGGUGCCUUCUCUCAGCAGUUUGGUGGAAAAAUGUGUUCCCCAUUGAUCCAUGUUGAUCUAGAAGUGCAAGGGAGCUAUCGGAAGGGGACUGCCCCUAUUGUCUCCCUCUUAAGCAAGUUAGAUGGAAGGGCAAUAAUAGGGCAUCCGAUUGAAGUCGAAGUCUUAACAGAUGGUUUAUCUGAGACAUAUCUUCAUUCAAUUGAUUACAUUGAUAAUGAAACAACGUACCAUGACAAACCCUUUGUACUUCCCCCUGCAUGGAAGACGGCCAGGAGGAGCAAUUCCCGAGUUCGUCGGCUGCAUCCAUUCUCAUCGCUGGAAGUCGAUGAGGAUGCUAACACUGAUCAUUCUUUGGUGGACCAUGGAAGAAGACAGCUGGUUAAGAAAUUAAGUUUGGGAAACUUUAGUGGGGAUGCUUACUCAGUUAGGAAAACUGUAGUACGCAUUCCCCGGCCACCUACGGAGAGAAAGCAGCAGCAGAAGAAGCAAGCGAAGAAGACAAGUGUUUCAGCCAAUCAAAAGACGAGGGCACUCUCAUCAUUUGGCAGCGAACCAGGGCACGGGAUGAAGCCACUACAUUACAAUGCUAGUAACUCCCAGACGCACGAUCUCUCUAACGGGCGAGUAUUAGCAGGGCCACCUACAGUGGCCUGCAUACCAAUUAAAUUAGUAUUUAGUAGAUUACUUGAGAAGAUAAAUAGGCCACCAUCAAAGCCAGCUGUGAAAACGUCUAUGCCAAGUAGCGAGAGAAGAAGAGAUCAACCAUAGGAGGUACAUUGUGUUGUUUCACUUGCCAGGUCCUCGAGACUCGUGGGGCGGAACCAGGCCUUCUCCUCCAGCACCGAGUCCUGGCCACGCUGCUCAGCCACGGCCGCAGCCAUGG